AUGAAGUACAUUGACGAAUUUGACAUUGAGCUGGUAAACCAGGCUCUUUCAUUUGAUACUACGGACAUGCACGUUCAGGGAACGUGCGAUCUAUUUACCACCAAGCCCAUUGGAAUAGAUAGGAAGUUGUACAAAAGAUUAGACAGGCGAUAUUCUAUAUCGAAGCACGAGGAUUACUCAGAGCCUGACGACAACAACAACAAGGCUAGGUCGAAUAGUGAUUCUAAGGCUUUGAAGAAGACGAAGAGGAUUACGGAGGAGAAGGACGAUAAAGAUGGGAAAGCAGGAGAAAUAGGAGAUACAGAGGAUAAUGCGGUUGCAGAUGGGGAUGACGAUGGCACAGGAGAUUCGUCUACAUCACAAUUCAUCAGUCCGGAGUUCAUACAGUUGAAGAAAAGAUCAUCCAGUUAUUCGGUCCCUUAUAGCAGGUCGCAGGCCUCUCGCUUUUUGAAUAGUAGGGUCCGAAAUAGUGGUAUAUCGACGUCUGGUUUGCAUGGCCGACAUGACAAGCCACGGUCGAAGUCGUUUCAGUAUUCACUAACACAGGAUGCUCGAGGUGUAUUGGAAGAUUUACGUGCCAGCAAAGAUACGGAAACGCUGGAUUACUAUUCACCAUUUGGACCGUUGAGCCAGCAGUCUUCAAGAAGACUAUUCGCUUACCUGAUAGCUAUAUUAAACUUGACUUUUCCUGACCACGAUUUUGCUCUGGUACAACCUAACAACUUCACUCUUCUUACAUCUCCGGAGGUUCUGGUUAAGAGGGUGAACUCGUUACUUAUAUCUUUGGGAAAAUCCUCGGGUCUCGAUUGGAUAUGGCAAACGUUAGAUACCCACAUGGAUAUUGACCAGUGUACGUGUUUUCAGUACGAACCAGAACAGUCGUUUCUCAAUGAUUUGCCUGGAACGUUAUGGUGCAACAUGUACUUUAUUUACAACAAAAAGCGGAAAAGGGUGGCUUUCUUAUUUUUCCGAGCUACUACACUUCAAGGUAGCAAGAAUGGAUCAUCAUCAGAGGUCAACGCACUAAUGCAUAGGCACAACAGCAAGGUGGGUACUUUGGAUGAAACUAGAAAUGAGAUGUUUGAUGAGACUCAAGAGGAAUAUGACCUACGAUAUUCGAAUGAGCCUGUUUAUGAGGACGUGUUUGACGAAGAAGAAGUGGUGAACCACGUUAGAGAGAGAGAAACGCCUACUUCAGAUCAGGACGCAGAUCAUGGGGAGCACGAAGAUCCAGUUGGCCUAGAACCUUUAAAGAGUACUACUCCUGUUAGUAAAUCGUACGAUGGCUACGAUGGUUCCGAUGGUUUCGAUGGUUCCGGCGGUUCCGACGGUUCCGACGGUUCUGAUGGCUCUGACUAUGUGAUGGAUGAAGAAGAGCUAGCCAAUGCAAAUCAGGAUGAUGAGGAUGAUUUCGGUAAUGGAAAUGAGGGAUCUUCUGAGGGGAUGGAUAUAGAUUAA